GGUUGGUGGGGGGAAGGCUCCUGGCCUGCGGCACGGGGGAGUAGCGGAAGAGACGGCGGUUUUGGGGCCCGUCUCGCCGCUAUGUUAGGGUUUUUUCCCCCGUAUUAGGUUCAGGGUGGAGUUAACGAGGCUUCGCUGCCCGAUUCUCCUGCGCGCCGUGCGGCUGUCACCGUGGUGACCGCGCUGCAGGCCCUUCUCCAGGGAGCGGCGGGGCUGCCUGCUGCGAGCUGCUCUUCCGGGACUGGCUCCUUCUGGUCUCUGCCUCCAGCCCCAGGGAGUUACCAGGGAAUGGAGACUGAUUACAAUCCCAUGGAGUUGUCCAGUAACACAGGGUUUGAAGAAGAUUCUGAAUAUAAGGACAUUGAAGGAACAGAUGUGAAAGAUAUGAGACUAGAGGCAGAAGCUGUUGUGAAUGAUGUUCUGUUUGCUGUCAGCAACAUGUUUGUCUCAAAAAAUCUUCCAUGUGCAGAGGAUGUGGCAUUUAUCAAUGUGGAGACAAGGGAGAGAAACAGAUAUUGCCUGGAACUCACAGAAGCAGGACUUAGGGUGGUGGGUUAUGCUUUUGACCAGGCUGAUGAUGGCUUACAAACUGCGUAUCAUGAGACUGUCUACUCUUUACUGGACUCUCUUAGCCCAGCAUAUCGUGAAGCUUUUGGAAAUGCACUGCUACAGAGACUGGAAGCUUUGAAAAGGGAUGGGCAAUCAUGAUUCAGUCUGCAGGAACAAGCACAUGUUGGGGAAUGAUUAAUGAUAGUGGAAAUUCUUAGUAUGAGUUACUGAGACCUUGCUUUCAGAUAUAGCCAAAAACAUACAUCAAGCUUCAUUUCUUGCCUAAACAUCUAGGUUCCUUACAAUAGUACUGACUUGUAAAAUAACAGUGUUGCUAUGGCUCUGCUUUGUCCACAAGGCUACUUUAAGUUAUCUUGGUGGACUAUAGAAGUAGUACCUUUUUUGUUUAACUCUGCUGUAGAUCAUCAGUUGAAAGUGACUUGCUUUCUACAGCAUUUGAAGAAAUUUGAUCUCUUUGCAAAGCAAUAUGAUGCAAUAUUUUAUUCUAAGAAAUAUCUUAAUUGGUACUAUGGAAAUCUUGAAUGCCAUGUAUGGAAGUAGACACAUUAAGUAUUACUAUCUGUAAAUUUUAACUCUGCUCCUUAAAACCAAAUUUUAACUACUUGCUCUAGCUAAAUUAAUGGGAACUACUUUAGUCCACUUAGAGGAUAUCUUUUGCAGCUCAAUUUUUUUUGUAUGCAAACCUGAAAACUCUCUGCUUCAUUCACAAAAUAUGCAUCUCACAAUAUCAUAUAUCAUUUGAACAUUGCUUACUCUGGGCUUGUCUGUAUUUAAAAUACUCCAGCUGUGCUGAUGUAGCUGUGCCACUGUAGCACUUCAGAAUCUCCUGUUGGAAAUCCACCUCCCCAAGAGGUGACAGCUAAGCUGCCAGAAGAAUUCUUCCAUUGAUCUAGCGUUGUCUACACAUAGACUUAGGUCAGCUUUAGUGCGCUAUUCCGGGAUGUAGAUUUUUUUCCAUAGCCCUGACCAACAUAGUUAAAUUGACCUGAUUUCUAGUUUAGACCAGAUCUUAGUGUCCUUGUUGAGUUAAAAGCAAUGUUCAGUAUUAUUCAACAUACCCUUAUCUGCAGCAACCAGUAAACAAAAGAUAACCGUUGGCAUAUGAAUGUAUCAUCUAAAUUUGCAAACGAGCUAAGCACAGAAGUAAAGUAGGAAGAACAGGUGACAUUUUUUCUUAAAUAUAGACCAUACUAAUAUAACUUUGGGAGGCCGAGGAAGACAUUUUAGCCUGUUUACUAUUCUAAAUGUUUGUUUACAUGAUGUACAGAAUAUACUCAAGUAUUUUUGCUUCAAUCUUUACUUUUUACAGUGUGAUGCUUAGAUAUUACUGUAAGCUGCCCUCUUCCUCAAUUGUACAGUGUCCUGUCCUAAAGAACAGUAAGUAUAUAAUGUCAAUGCAGUGUAUUGGUUUGAAACCCAAGGCUGUAGGAAACAUUCAGAGAUUGAUAUUGAAUUGGGAGACAGUUAUGUAUUUUCUAUUUUAUAAAAAAAAUACAAAGCUCUUUAUAAAUUUAUUGUGCUACUUUGUUUUCAAAUAUGUGGAAGAGACUUUUUGAAAAGUAUUCAGUUGGUUUAAAGCACCAGUAGUAUUGAACUAACAUUAUAUGAUCACUUUUUUGCAUUCUUAUACCAUUCAAUAUUUAUGCAUCCUUGUUUAUGUAAUUCUGCCUUUAUUCUCCCAUGUUUCAUGCUAGAAACAAAGUAAAUGUGAAUCCAAAGAGAGGGCUAGAUCAUCAGCUGUUGUAAAUAAACAUCCACUGACAUCAACAGAGCUAGACUAAUUGACACCAGCUGAGGAUCAGUUGCAUUAAUUUGUGGGACCAGUUAACAAGUUGAGCAUUUAUUAUAGUUUUGUGGCAGUGAUGCUGUAAUUAUGACUGAGAAGGCACCUACAGUCAAAGCUUCUGUUUUCAAGUGUAAUGUUUUUGUUUUAUUAUCUUCUUAGGUUGAAACAUUUCAUGUUAAUCUUCUGUCCUAAAGUUUAAUAUAUAUUUUGCUUAAAAGUAUUUUUUCAUGCUCUAAGAAAAUUGUUCAGCUCCUCCCCCCGCCCCCAGUUUUGUGGCAUGUGCUUUAAUCCUCUAUGAGGAAAAUGUACUUUGCCAAACUUAUAUCUGAAUAUCUACCCCUGUAACAAUGCACCUGUUAUUUCAAUGACUAAACACUUGAAUAAAUGCAAAACUUAUGUUUGA